UCUAUUAUUUAGGAUAGAAAGAGAGAGAGAGCGCUGAGCUGAGAGAGAGUCUGAACUAGAUGGGAAGUGAAGGGUACAUACCAUUGUACGAGACGAGGAGAGCCAAGGGAACAGUCCUGUAUAGGGUUUUUGCAGCAUCUAAUUUUGCAGGAAUAUGUUUGAUUUGGAUUUAUAGAUUGUGUCACAUACCAAAAGAAGGAGAAGAUGGAAGGUUUGCUUGGAUUGGACUUUUGGGUGCUGAGAUAUGGUUUGGUUUUUACUGGCUCCUCACUCAUGCCUGCCGAUGGAACCGUGUGCAUAGGCACACCUUCAAAGACAGGCUUUCUCAAAGAUAUGAAAAUGAGUUGCCGGGAGUGGAUGUAUUUGUGUGCACAGCGGACGCAACCAUGGAGCCACCAAUGAUGGUGAUUAACACGGUUUUGUCAGUGAUGGCUUAUGAUUACCCGCCGGAGAAGCUGAGCGUCUAUCUGUCCGAUGAUGGCGGGUCGGAACUUACAUACUAUGCUCUCUUGGAGGCCGCUGAAUUUGCAAAGCAUUGGAUACCAUAUUGCAAGAGGUACAGAGUGGAGCCAAGGUCACCUGCUGCUUAUUUUGUCACAGUAGCUACUGAUGCAAUUGAUCAUCAUCAGGCCGAAGAUUUCUGGGUUAUUAAGAAAUUAUACAAAGAAAUGGAGAAUCAAAUCCAAAAUGCAGUGAAGCUAGGCAGAAUUUCAGAAAAAGAACGAUCAAAAUGCAAAGGCUUUUCUCAGUGGGAUCCAGAUUCAUCUAGACGUGACCAUGACACCAUUCUUCGAAUUCUAAUCGAUGGGAGAAACCCUAAUUCAAGAGAUGUUGAAGGGUGUGUAUUGCCAACUUUAGUGUAUUUAGCUCGGGAGAAAAGGCCUCAGCAUCACCAUAACUUCAAAGCUGGCGCUAUGAAUGCUCUGAUUAGGGUAUCUUCAAACAUUAGCAAUGGGCAGGUCAUUCUUAAUGUAGACUGCGAUAUGUAUUCGAACAAUUCCAUGGCCAUACGUGAUGCGCUUUGUUUCUUAAUGGAUGAAGAAGAAGGCCAAGAGGUUGCCUUCGUACAGUUCCCACAGAAUUUUGAAAAUAUAACUAAAAAUGAUUUGUAUGGCAAUACUUUACGUGUAAUCUUCGAGGUGGAAUUCCAUGGCAUGGAUGGUUAUGGCGGCACUCUGUAUGUCGGAACUGGAUGCUUUCACAGAAGAGAGACUCUUUGUGGGAGAAAGUUUAUCAAGGGAUCCAAGUUUGAUAUGAAAAGGGAGAUCAGCGGACAAAGAGAAGAAAGUAGAAUUCAUGAAUUAGAAGAAAAUUCAAGAAGUCUUGCAAGCUGUACAUUUGAAGAGAACACUCAAUGGGGAAAAGAGAUGGGAUUGAAAUAUGGAUGUCCGGUAGAAGAUGUGAUCACAGGGCUAUCAAUCCAAUGCCAUGGUUGGAAAUCAGUGUAUUGCAAUCCCACAAGGAAAGCUUUCUUAGGAGUAGCCCCAAGUACGCUAACUCAGACGCUUGUGCAGCAUAAGAGAUGGACAGAAGGCGAUUUCCAGAUUUUGUUUACUAAAUACAGCCCUGCAUGGUAUGCACAUGGAAAAAUUAGCUUUGGUCUUCAACUUGGAUAUUGUUGCUUCUCCUUCUGGUGUUCGAAUUCCUUGGCAACGUUAUUUUAUUCGAUUGUCCCUUCCCUUUACCUCCUCAAAGGCAUUUCCUUAUUUCCACAGGUCUCGAGCCCUUGGUUCAUACCAUUUGCAUACGUGAUAAUUUCGAAGUACACUUGGAGUUUUGUUGAGUUUUUGGGGUGUGGUGGCACAAUCUUAGGUUGGUGGAACGCACGAAUGUGGCUUUACAAGAGAACAAGUUCCUACCUAUUUGCCUUCAUUGACACCAUUUUAAACUCGCUUGGAUAUUCUGAUACAGCAUUCAUAUUAACAUCUAAGGUGGAUGACGAAGAUGUGUCAGAACGAUACAAGAAAGAGGUUAUGGAAUUUGGAGAUUCGUCGCCAAUGUUUACCAUACUUGCAACACUAGCAAUUCUCAAUUUGUACUGCUUCCUUGGGUUUUUAAACAAAGCAAUCUCUGGAGAAGGAAUAGCAGAAGCUUAUGAGAAAAUGCCUUUGCAAAUUCUUCUGUGUGGGGUUUUAGUUCUUCUCAACCUACCAUUAUACCAGGCUCUUUACCUAAGGAAGGACAAGGGAAAGCUGCCAAGCUCUGUAGCUUUUAAAUCAAUGGCAUUUGCAGUAUCUGCUUGUAUCUGUUUCCAAUAUUUAUAUUAGAAGAAAUGUGCUAUUAGAACCAUUCGAAAUUGUUAUUACCCCCGAUUGAGGGCCUACCAUGAGGAUUUCAGGGCUUAAGAUGACUUCCUAAACUCUACCUUAAUGAGAUAUUAUGUGAUUUAAUUCCUAUUUCAACCAAAGAAA